AUGGACGACGCAGAUAUGAGGACGAGGCUGGAAGACGCGAUUUGCUCCGACGUGGAAAAGCGAAUCGCAGAAGGGCGCCGGACGCUGGACUCCGAGGGCUUCUUGGUGUUGGAGAAGCUCCUCGACCUGGAGACCAUCGAGCGGUUAGCUGAGAUGGUGAAGGGCGAUGCGGACAGCUUGUGGCCUGACGGCCUUGUCGAUUGCACACCUGCGAAGCCCGACGAUCCGGGAGCGAUGCGCAUCGUGGACUUGAAGGCUAUGAACUUUGGCUACGGAAAGUUUGCCUACUUGCGGGAGCCACUGCCAUCGCCGCUGAACGCCCUACGUGAGGCCUUGUACACGGCACUUGCCCCAGUGGCGACGGCACAGAUCGAGAUGUUCAGAGCAGAGACUUCCCCGAAGCCGCUUGCUUUGGAGGCCUAUCCCCCGAAGAUCUCUGAUCUCUGGGACAUUUGCAAAGCAGCAGAUCCCCCACAGAGGUUGCCGACCUCGAUCGCGCUAAGGUACUGCCCGGGCGGCUUCAUGGAGCCACACCGCGACCUUCAGGGUACCAUAAUGUUCCCGUUCCAGGUCAUGUGUCCACUGAGCGAUCCAGGUGAGGACUACGAGGGCGGACGCUUUUUCGUCCAACCAGGAAAGAGGAAUGUGGAUCGUCGGCACUGCCAGGAGCUUUUCAAGGGCGAUGUUGUCGUAUUCCGCAGCGGCUUGUACCACGGCUUGGAGGAAUUGACUUCCGGGACGCGAUAUGCGAUUGCCAUGCAAUUUACGCUCUCUCAUUUGACAGAGAGUCCGUCGAAGCCCAGGCAGACGUGGGAAGAGAAGCAGGAGAGACAAAGGAGGGCGGAGGAAGAAGCCAGACCUCUGGACAGAAGAAGACUGCACCUUGUGGUUGGCAUGUCCGAGCGCAUGUAUGGCCAACUUUAG